AUGCAGCGUCAAGGCCGAAGGGCGAAAGGCGACUCGGACAGACGGCUGCAACAGGCUUGGGUCUGUCAGGGGCUUCACAAGGGCUACACACUGCAGCUUUCUCCAGCAUGGGCUAUAGGACCUAUCUAUGCACGACACCCUGUGCUCAAAAUUGCUGCGUGCAUCGAAGCCUGUGUAACGACACAACUGGUUGCCAGAUGCUGUCUGGACAGUUAG